GCUCCAAAUAGUUUCGGAAGAGAUGAGCAAGCCCUUGACUUCAACCCCAGCGGAGCUCAGAUAUGUGCCCCUCUGUUUGUUUGAUCUACAUGCCCCUAACGUUUACCUACCAAUGCUCUAUUUCUUCAAUUACAGCAACAAUGUCAGUUCCGCCCACCAUCGCCUGCUCAAGGACAGCCUCUCAAAGGCCCUUACUUUCUACUACCCUUUCGCCGGCACACUCCACCUCACGCCUGCCUCCAAACACUUCUCACACCCCGAAGGACAUGGUAGCUAUAUCGAGUGCAGCGACAUGGGUGUAACGUUCUUGGUGGCGUUGUCCGAUGACGGACGUUAUGAACGACAAAGAUUCACAACGGGAAGAGAAGUUGAAGUUGCUUCUUUUAGAUGACAUGAAUAAGAAGGAACAAGAAGUCAAAUCUAUGUUGUCUAUUCAGUUGACCCAGUUUGAAUGUGGAGGAGAAGUGAUUUGUGUGUUCUUCAAUCACAAACUUUCGGAUAUGCACUCUGUAACCCGCUUCAUGAGGGAUUGGGCUUCCAUUGCUCGUAGCUUCACCCACGGCGAUCUGCCGGUUGUCAAUCCUCAGAUCAACGGCGCCACCUGUUUUCCGCCUGAGUUGGACGUCAGCGACAACCCAUCUGGCUGCCAGGAUUCUUAUGGAACGAAUGAAAGAGUGGAAGUUCCAUUGUCCUUUCCAAAACUUUGUUCUAAGAGAUUGGCGUUUGAAGGUUCAAAGAUUGCGGCUCUUAAAGCUAUGGUUUCUGAGAAAGUAGACAACCCAACUCGUGUUCAGCUUGUCGUUGCAUUGAUCUACAAAGCUGUCCUUUCUGCUAAAUCUUCAGUCCCGGGUUAA